UAUAUUUAAAAAAAAAAUGGAAAAUGGGAUGAUGGUGUUGGGGGGAAAAGAUGUUAAAAUAUGUGAAAAUGGAAAAUAUGUUAAAAUAAGAAAGUGAAUGGGUGGCCCGAGGAGGUUCAAUGCAUGUGAGGUGCUGAUGUAUUUAUUUAUGGUAUUUGUGGUUGGUGGGUAUUGUUUAAUUUAUUUUAUUGUUAUUUGAUUUUAUUGGUUGUUGUUAAAGCUGCCGAGAGAGUGAGAGAAGGAAGUGGGGUGGGUGUGUGUGGGGUUAAAUAAAUAAAAGAAAAAUGGGUGUGAAGUGUAAUGUGUGUGGGUGUGUGGUGAUAGUUUAAUAAAAUAUGAGAGAGUGGGUUUUCAAUUCUGCCAAAAGGAAGAGAGAGAGAGAUGGGGUGUCUUGAUUGCCUCAGAUUAGUUCAUGGAUUAAAAAUGAGGGCCAGGGGAAGUGCAUCCGUUGGUGGUAUCACCGAGGGAGUGAGAGGGGCCGCGGAUGGAGAGAGAGUGGGGAGAGGAGAUGGGAUGCUCCGGCGGAGGAGAGGCGGAGGACGCCGAGUCGGCGUACAUUGACCUGGACCGAGUGGUGAUGUUGCCGUGUCGGCAGUGGUUGUGUUGCCGUGUCGGCACCUUGGCUAUGUUCAGAAUGUGGUGCUGUGGCCCAAGCGUGCCCUCUAUGUCUCUCCUUCAGAGGAUGGGAAUAGACCCUGGUGAGAGUGUGAUACAGAACCACCAAGAUGAGAGUCGAGAGAGAGCCGAGAGAGACAGCCCAUGCUCGAGAGAGGGGCUACGGCAGUGGCUGAGAUGGAGGAAGCUCCUCAUUCUAUGCCAUGGUGGUUGCUUGACGAAGAAGAAUCACAGCAUCAAAUCUCUUGACUUGACCAAGGCUGCUUUUGAUAAGCUUAAGGAAGAGAUGGAGAUGGCAUUUCUGUUCCUGCUGCAGUGUCAGCGAAAGAGAGCUGGAGCACUUGACUUCUUUGCUCCGGUGGUGGCUGACUUGGAAGUGAGGGCUGUCCCUGCGGAAAUGAAGGCCCCAUGCUAGGUGGAGGUUUGUUACCUAAAUGAAACAUGGGCUGUGAAUGAUGUAGCUGAGGUGGACCAGAGUGCUGGAAACCAGGGUUCUGCCCAAUUUGUGAAUGAAUCUGGUGAGAGAAAACC